CCAGUUGCCUCCUACUCUCGCUCUCAUUUUCAACAUAAAUGUCCUAAUUCAACCCAGAAUAAUAAAGAAUAAAGGGAGAAAAAAAAAUGAACAACGACGGCCACAUGCAUGGUAUGGCUAUGGCGCCGCCACCAUCCUCAGCUGCCAUGAACAACGGCACAGGAGGAGGCGGCGGGAUGAUGAUGAACCAUCGACACAUGAUGAUGCACAUGACAUUUUUCUGGGGAAAGAAUACCGAGAUUCUCUUCUCAGGUUGGCCUGGAUAUGAUAAUUUGGGCAUGUACAUCUUGGCACUUGUUGUUGUCUUUUUCAUGGCCAUUUUCGUCGAAUUUCUGUCUCAUAGCAAUUACAUUAACGAGAAUGCUGACCAUGUAACUGCCGGGCUUCUUCAGACAACCCUGUAUGGUUUGAGAAUUGGUUUGGCUUAUAUUGUCAUGUUGGCAGUUAUGUCUUUUAAUGGUGGUGUGUUUUUGGUUGCUAUUGUUGGACACUCGUUAGGGUUUUUGGUUUUUGGAAGUAGGGUUUUUAAGAAACAGUCUAGUGGGAAGAACUUGGAUCUUCCUCCAAUGAGCUGUUGUUGAUUAAUUUAUUAAUGGAAUUUUGUUGAUAGUUAA